CGAGUACGAGUAUGCACGGGUAUGUAUAUGGAUAUUGGUCAAUAACCGGUAAGCAGGGCAGCGCCAAUUUUCGGCAAUAUAAAGAGGUGUCUGGGCUGAACACGACUCAAAUCAAGAUCAGCUUCCCAUCCAGACAGCAACAUGUUCAAGAUUCUCAUCAUCUCGUUGGCCCUCUGCCUGGUAACGGUUGUUUUGUCUGCUCCAGUGGAUCAUGUCACUUCCACCACCCAGCCACCCGUGGCCAUUCUAGAAUCGUCGAAUGAAAAGCACGAGGAUGGUUCCUACAACUUCUCCUACCUUUCCGAGGACGGCACCCAUCGGCGUGAGGAGGCUGUGCUGAGGAAUCCGGGCACGGACAACGAGUACCUCGAGAUAAGCGGCUCCUACUCCUACUUUGAUGCCAAUGGCCAGGAAGUGACCGUCACAUACAAGGCCGACGACCAUGGCUUCGUACCCGAAGGCGGUGCCAUAUUGCCGCAGAUUUCGGUGGCCGCCAAACAAGUUAGCCAGCUGGUCGCCCAGCCUGAUCUGGAGUACGCCAAGCCCCCAAAGCCCUAAUAAAGAUCUGAUACUCGUACGAAUCGAAUCGAA